AUGUCUGAUGCUUCGGAUGAAACAAUUCAAGAAAUAGAUACUGGUAAUGAUCCUGAGGCAGUAACAGAAGAAGAAAUUUAUGUUGAAGGACCUAAUCUCAUAAAGACACUAUUAACCACCGAAAAAGUUAACAUAUAUUAUAACAAACUCCAUUUACUAAGGUCUGACUUUAAAUAUAUAAAUUUGGUGGGAGACAAUGGGUAUCCUUUGCCUAAAACAAAUGGUUUUUUACUUUCAGAUGUUCCUGCAAGUUGCAACCAAAUAAUUUUACACACUAUUUUUGCAGAAUUUGGUAAUAUUUUUUUCCAAUGGAUCGAUGAUACUAAUUGUUGGAUGGUGGUAAAGAAUGAUAAAAAAGCUGAUAAAGUUCCAGAAGGAAUGCUUGGUGAAUCAAAAUUUUUCAAGAAAUUCAAGGAAGGCGGAAAAAAUUAUGAAUUGGCCAGGGAAAAAGGUAUAACAGUCCAAUUUGAUGGUAUUCAUAUCAAAUCUUGGGGAAAAUGGCUUAGAGAAUUGAUGCAUGCAGAAGAAGAUGAUCAAAUGAACGAGGGUGAAGGAGAAUACAUGGCUGAAGGAGAAGAAGAGUGUUAUGAUAAAUCUAGAGAGUUGAUGGAAUUCGAAUUUACUAAUUCUUUUCCACCACCUCAAGAUUUAGAUUCAUCAUGGCCAAUAGACGAAGAAAAUGAAGAAUCACUAGGAGGUACAAAUGCAUCUAGGUAA